AUGGCCAGCGCGCUCGCGAGUCAGCUGCAGCGGCUUCGCGAGGCCGGCGCCGGUAGUAAGCGCCGUACCGACACAUUCCUGUACGACCAGCGCGAGGCGGCGCGUCUGGACGACGAGACGGUGUACAAUUUGGCGUGGAACGGGCUGCUGGAGCUCAAGCAGCUCGAUGCGCGCUUCGAGGAGCUGGACGCGGACGCACAGGUGGCCAAGCUCUUCAGUCGCCAGCGUAUCCACUUCCACCGUGCACAGAACCUUAAACAAGACGAACCGGAGCUCAACGCCGCGCUCGAUAAGGUGCUGGACGCGCUCAGCGCUUACUUUCUACUAGGUGCGGCGCAUAAAGUGAUCGAAUUCCUCGUCCGUCGGUAUGAGGUGCAUCGCUAUAAUGUGGACGCUGUCAUGGCCAUGAUUGUGGCCUAUCACGAGUCUUCGUGGUUUGUGCGUAUGGUGCGUAUUCUUCACAUCCAGAACACCCGCUGGGAGUUCAUGCUGGGCGUCAAGACCCAGGGCACGCCGCUGCUGCGUGCAGCUCUGGUACAGCGCGCUAUUGACGAGGCCUCCGUCAUCGAGUUUAUCUUCAAGACUGCGACAAGAAUCGGGGCCAGCAACCCGAAGCUCACGUCGCUCUACACACUCGUAGUGCUGCAGAUUCUUGAACAGGGCAAAGUGAGCGAGCAGAUGCUUCGCUGGCUGAUUCCACAGCUACUUACAGCACUGAAAACCACAAGCUUCCCGGAAUUGCAGUCCUCGGCGUACAUGAUCGUGACUAAAAUGGCGUCUAAGGCCACACUGACAGCCAAAGUGGUGGACGCUCUAGUGAAGAAUCUCGUCAAGUACGCGCAGUCCGGCGCUCAGCUCAACGCACUACUCUGCGUCAUUUUUCUAGCACAGACUCAACCGUCGUUCCGCCUGUCCAGUAGUGCCGGUAAACACCUCGUGCAGAUGGAGAACGCGGCGGAUUUCCUGCGUGACGCUACGUUCAACUACGAGUCGGCUACGUUUGUGCAGCUGCUGACAGUCUUCUUGACGGAGCACAUGAAAUCCACAGACGACGACUACUUCCGUCUAUUGACGACAUUGAUUGAGAGCGUUUCGGUGGUCGACGGAUUUACAGACGAUCUGGUUGAAACGAUGGUUAAACAGGCUCAGGAAGAGGCAUUUGCCACGGAUAACGAACGUGUACAUGCGAUUUCACAGGCUCUCGUUGCUCUCAGCAAGAAGAAUGCAACGAAAGUGGACGCGAAACUCAACCAAUUCCUCACUAAGACGUUCGAGAACGUCGCUAACUCGGCGCAUUUUGUGCCUUCCAACACGGACGCGAACACCUCGUUGGCCCUCGCGCUGGACCACCCGACUGAGCACAUCCGGUACCAGGCGUUGGUGUCGCUAGCAAAGAUGAACGACGCGAAUGCUACGGACAAGGACCAGGUGCUUACGAGCGGGGAUGUAUUGGUGCGUCGACUGCUGGACGACAGCAAACGCAUCGCCAGCUUCAUGGUGUCUAGCUCUCUUGGCGAUCUAAUGCUCAGCUUGAGCUCCAAGAAGAAGACGCUCGCUGCGAUCGUACAGGCAGUUCGUAAGUGGACGUCGCGUGGAGACGCAUCUGUCGUCGAGGCUAUUGCUGAUUUCGCUCUAAAGAACUUCCGCAAGGUGGCGGUGUCGUCGGACACAGACGACAAUUUGCUGACGUUGUUUGUUUCUCUCGUGAGCACGAAGAAGACUGUCGUUCCGGUGGAUACCGUGUGGACCUGGAUCUCCUCGCUAGACCAUCCGCUCGGUGCUGACGCUUCUAAGGUGUCGGUGAAUGCUGUCGCUGAUGUGGCUGAGCACUUUGGACAGACUCUUGCAGCUGACGUACCAGGGCUAUUGCCGUACUGCUUGCGCUGGUCUCAGAAGACAGAAUUCAACGAGGUUCCACUUACGGGCUUUCUAGUGGAAGUUCUGUCUGCAGCUCGGACGCACUUGGCAUCGAACAAGCCCAAGUCAAAGAAGACAAAGGAGCAGCAGCUUUCGCUGGACCAGUCGUUCCGCUUUAUUCUCAAGAAGGAAUUCGUGUCGCUGUGCGAGGAUGAGGUGUCGGAGGAGCAAGUUACACGCGCUGUGCACGUUGCUUCUAAGCUGGCCGAGGUCGCGUACGACGUGUUUGCUGUGUCUCGUGAUGAGUUUGAUGGAUGCGUCGCGACUUUGCUGCAGUCUCCGACCCCCGUAUUUAUUCGUAUUCAAGAAUGUUUGCUGGAGCUGUUCCACGCAGACCUGGAGACUCAACUGCUACCGACGAUGGCCCGCAUUGUCACGAAUCCUGCCCCUGCUAACGACCUUCUGAAGGUCCUGACCAAGACACGCUCACUCGAUAUCAUCUCGGCGGUUCUUGAAGGUUAUUCGUACAUGGAGUCUGAUGACGAACUCCGCCAGCUCGUCCACGCUGUCCCGGUGGUGAUUGUGGCGCUCUCGGAUAUUAGCAAGGCUGUGCGCCAAGCUGCUGUUUCGUGUCUGGACCGAUGGGCUGUGUCGUGUGGUGACGCCGUGUGCUCAUCCAAGUCUACUGACCUGAAGACGCUCCAGAAGGCGUCAACGUUCUUCCUGCAGGCCAAGCAGGAUAUGCUGAUGGAUGCCAACUCGGUAGUGGCACUUUGUGGCACGUACAGAGCCCAGGGAGGCAGCUCGGCUUUCCACCAAUUACUCAUAGACUUCGUGUCGUCUGCAAGUAGCGAUGAGUUGUGCAUUGCGGUGAAGCUUCUUGAGUUGCUGGCACCUGUCAAGGAAACGAACUUCUGGCUGCAAUCUGUAGACUUUUUCCAGCAAGCGCUCGUGGGGUGCUCGGCGUCUGGCGCGGAGGACGCGACUGAGAAGUUGCUGACAGGCUUCCUUGCGCAUUACUUGGACGCGGACGUUGCUGUUACAACGACGAAGCAAGGCAAGCGUGUAGUUCCUAAGGAGUUCGUGGACGUCUUGGUUGCUGUGUUGCGCUCUGAACAGGAGGUUGUUACGCACCUGCAGAAGCUCCAGCUCUUCGUUGCUGCGAGCCUAUCGGCUGAGUUCUACAACGCUUUGGAUGACGUUUCUCGUCAUGUUCUCGUGGACAAACUGCUUCGUUUGCUGAUGGUAGCGGAGGAAGCUCUCGCUUCCAAGCUGAUUCCGUGCCUGAACGCGUUGCCAAUCAGCUACAACAUCUUCGUGCGACUGCUGGAGGAGCAAUCGGGUUUCAAGGUGGAGUUUUCCGAACUGAGUUGCAUUCUUGAAGUGCUGGCGAUUAAGGUCGACAGCGAUUCGAGCUACGAGGAAGCCGACGCUGAUAUCAGCAAGCUACUGACGGCUCUAUGCGACGUGUUGGCGUUGUUCUGCGAUCCCAAGCACGAACAUGUUGUGUCGGAAUACAUUUUGCAAGUGCUUUUCAGCUGCUUGCGUCGUGUCUGCGAAGUCAGUUCCUCCUCUUCGAAGAAAGCGAAUGGCCGUGCUGUCAAGGCUACGGAUCACUCGGUGACGGUAAAGCCCGAGCUUUUGGUGAAGCACACGCUCACGUGUCUAGGCCGUACUUCAUCUCCUCAGACGCGAAACGAGGCGUUGCUGUUCAUUAGUUCGCUGGUGAACUUACACCCGGCCAGUGUGCUGACGUCGCUGGACAAGAUCCUGAGCUUCGUGAGUGCCGGUUCGAUUCGUCACGAGGAUGAGUAUUCUUUUCACGUGCUGGAGACGAUCAUCAAGGCGGUGGUGCCUCAUAUCGUCGCAGCCAAGAAGCACAACUCGGACGCGUUGAUCACACCGCAGCGGUUCAUUGGUCUGUUUGUGGACGCGUUCAACCAGAUCCCCAAGAGCAAGCGAGAAGCUCUGUUCGAAGUGGUGGUGGGCUCUCUCGGAAGUGAUCUUCUGCCGUAUUGUGCUGUGGCGCUACUGCAACAAGCUGCGGUGGAGAAGGACAGGGACGAACAGCGUGAACGUAUUCAGUUUGCACACAGCUUGUGCUUCAGCUUUGAUUGCACUGAGCAAGUGUCGUCGCUCGUGAUGGUUUUGCGUAUGGCGCGUGACUUGCUUCCUCACGUGGUGGAAGAGGCCGAUACCGACACGGACGAGAUGGACGAAGAUGACGACGACGUGGAGUACGAGCGAUUCGUGCUGGCCGAGCGAUUGGCGCAAUCGAACGCGCUGUCUCGUCAACUGAACUCGUUCCUUGUCAAGUUUGUGGCUGCGCAUCUGCGAGCUCGUGAGUUGCACCACAAGAUUUUGAGCUAUGAGAGUGCACGCGAGGAGAUGGACGAGGAAGAGGGCGACGCCUUGCAGCAGAACUAUCUGAUGCUGGCUCAACUGGACUUGCUCUACUUCCGUCGCGUGGCUCGGGAACAGUCUCUGCAUGAUGACGAGAGCGGCUUCUGGACGUCGCUGGCUACCGACUCCAUGGAAAUUCUCGGCGCUCUGCAGCAGCUUCUGUCCACACCUGGCUUCGUGGCAGUUAUUAGCGAAUUGCUGCACCACGACAACAGUUUGGUGCGGAAGAAGGCGAUGCAGCUCUUCAACGAGCGUCUACAAGACGAGCGGGACUCUCUCUCUUCGGGUGAAGCCUUGCUGUUCAUUGACAUGCUGGACGAGCUGGACGCGAUCCUCCAGAACCCGGAAGGCUCGGAGAACAGCGUCAACAUCCAGACUGCGCUGCUCAGCGUCGACAUCUUAGCUCGCAACUUCGCUGCAGACCACACGAAACGUUUCCAGCAGAUUCUGCCGACUAUCGUCAAGUACGUGGAUCAAGACGUGGUCAACUCUUCUCCCAUGACGCUGCACUUGUUCGGCUGUGCGUUCGUGUGUCUGUCCUCGAUCUGUCGUGCGGUGGGGCCCGUGGUGUUCCCUCUUCUACCAAAGUUCUUCCCGAGACUACUGAGCGGAAUCGAGUACUGCUCGUCGACGAAUGGAGUCAGUGGUACCAAGGCGGUGCUGCAGUGUCUGCUGUCUGCUCUCGAAGUGUUCACGGACAAGAUUCCGCAGUUCCUGGGGCCGUAUCUGCCUGCUGUGAUCCGCGCGCUCCUGACGCCGUCGCUGCUCUCGUCUGCGCCAGCAAAUGCCGAAGUGUUGAUGUCCGUGGACUGCUGUUUCUUGAACUUGUGCAACCACGUGGAGCUGCGUCAGCUUCUCCCCACGCUCUUCGGAGCAUAUGAGCACGUCUUGACGCUCCAGAGCGACACGAGCGUGACGCGCUUGUUCUCGGUUGUGGGAACUGUCGUGAACGACUUGGACUCGUCGGCUAUCCGCAAGCACCUGCCUUCGUUCGCUCGCUUCUUCGUCACAGCGUUGGAUGCUCGUCGUGUUCAUGCGUCUAAGCUCCAAGACGUGGAGGAAGUGGAGGAACAAGUGCUGGAGUGUCUUGUCCAGUUUGUCUUGAAACUGAGCGAGAAGCAGCUCAAGCCGCUGUUCUUGAAGCUUGCGGAGUGGGCGCAGACACGCGUUGGUUCUUGUGGAAAGGCUGGUGACAUCGCACGUCGCAUUUCUUUCUCCAAGCUGGUUGUCAAGCUGUCGGAGCGUCUGCGAGGCAUCUUCGUGCCGUACUACGCACACGUGUUGGAGUUCUUUACGUCGGCACUUGGGGAGAGUCGUAAGGUGCUGAUGCACAAGCCACCGCGAUCUACAGAAGACAGCGACAGCGAUGACGACGACUUCUUCGCUGAUGAGGACGAGCCGCCGGUCAAAAAGGCGAAGUUGGGUGCUUCGGCCACGACGGAUGUGAAGGCCGAGCGGGAGCGGAAUACGCUGCUGUUGACCACCGUGGUGCGCGCGCUGGACGGCUGCUUCGUGCACGAUAACGACGGCUUUAUGGAGAAGGACCGGUUCGACGUGGUGCUGACGCCGCUGGUAAAUGUGCUGGACGUGCUGCAAUACGACGCGUCGAUGCGCGAGUUCGUGUUGGAGACUGUGGCUCCGUGUCUGGCGAACUUGGCGUGGGCUGCCAAGAGCGAUCUGCUGUGGAAGCCGCUGCACUACGCGGUGCUGAUGAAGUCGCGUGGAGACAACGCGUUGGUGCGUCUCGCGGCGCUGGUGACGGUGGAGAAGUGCUACCAGGUGAUUGGAGACGAGUUCCUGGCCAUGUUACCUGAGAGCAUCCCGUUCCUGGCGGAGCUUAUGGAGGACACGAACGACGAAGUGGAGAAGACGUGUCACCGUGUGAUCAAGCAGAUCGAGGACAUCUCGGGCGAGUCCUUGGACCAGUACCUCACGACCUAGAGCUAGGUGAUAGAUAGAAUAGCCAACACACUAUGUA